AUGGCAGGUGCUAUGGAAAAUGCGCGCAAAGAGAUCCAACGCAUUUCGUUGGAAGACCAUGCGGAGUCCGAAUAUGGGUCCAUCUAUUCCGUAUCCGGUCCAGUCGUUGUGGCCGAAAAUAUGAUUGGUUGUGCUAUGUACGAGCUGGUCAAGGUAGGUCACGACAAUUUGGUUGGUGAGGUUAUUCGUAUUGAAGCGGACAAGGCCACCAUUCAGGUUUACGAGGAAACUGCCGGUGUAACUGUCGGAGAUCCAGUUUUGCGUACUGGUAAGCCUUUGUCAGUGGAACUCGGGCCCGGCCUUAUGGAAACCAUUUAUGAUGGUAUUCAGAGACCCUUGAAGGCGAUCAAAGACAAGGCUCAAUCGAUUUAUAUUCCAAGAGGUAUCAACGCCCCUGCCCUAUCGCGUGACGUGAAAUGGCAGUUUAAGCCGGCUAAAGACAAGAAGGUCGGCGACCACAUCGCAGGCGGUGAUAUUUUCGGUUCUAUCUUCGAGAACUCAUUGUUGGAAGACCACAAGAUUUUAUUGCCUCCAAGAGCCAGGGGUACGAUUACAUGGAUCGCUUCGGAAGGUGACUACACUGUUGACGAAAAAGUUCUGGAAGUCGAAUUUGAUGGUGUCAAAUAUGACUAUACCAUGUACCAUACAUGGCCAGUUCGUGUUCCUCGCCCUGUUACCGAGAAAUUGUCCGCUGACUACCCACUUUUGACAGGACAAAGAGUCCUAGAUGCUCUGUUCCCAUGUGUACAAGGUGGAACAACUUGUAUUCCAGGUGCUUUCGGUUGUGGUAAGACAGUCAUCUCCCAAUCUUUGUCUAAAUAUUCCAAUUCUGAUGCCAUUAUUUAUGUCGGGUGUUUCGCAAAGGACACCGAAGUUUUGAUGGCCGACGCUUCUGUGAAGUCGAUUCAAGACAUUGAAAUCGGUGACCACGUCAUGGGUCAAGACGGAUCUGCUCGCGAAGUCACUGCUUUGCCCAGAGGACGUGAUACCAUGUACGACGUUGUCGAACACAACGAGAGCAUUGACGGCGCGGGUCGCGAUGAGGUCUCCAAGUUUGUCGAUUACACCUGUAACGCUUCCCAUCAAUUAGUGGUCAGAACUCCUAGAGCUGUCAACUUUGCUUCCCGCUUAUUGGAAGGAACUUGGUACAACGAAGUCACCAGCCUUGAGCUGAAGAACCACAUCACUUCUGAUGGUAGACUCAUUCAGCUAGUUCAACCAGUUGCCAACAGAUAUCCUGCAAGUGAAGGAACGCAAAAGGCUACAGAAUUGGUUGCCGCUUACAACAAAAGCUCCACAAAGGACUAUAUCGAAUGGGCCAUCGAGGCGAGAGACCUUGAAAAAUUGGACGCCGGUAUUCGUGAAGCUACUUAUCAAGUUGCUGCUCCAAUCUUCUAUGAAAGUGAUUUCUUGGCAAACUAUGUGAAGGAGAGCAGCUACGAAACUCAAAGCAACGAGAGCCACGCAGUUCUUGCUUACUUACUUGGUUUAUGGAUCGGUGGUGGUAUGACGCGCAGAGCUGCAUUUUCUGUUCACCCCGAAGAUGACUCCUUGAUGAAACGUAUCGAAAAAUGUGCAGAAAUCUUGGGUCUAUGUGCUGAGUACAAUGAGAACACCACUAGUAGAGCUAAGGCCGUCAAUCUUUACAAUAAGGCUGCUAGAAGGGAAUCUUCUCGUCAAAACGUGAAUACUGCUAACUUGUUGUGGGACGCUAUUGUCGAAUUAGGAUUUUCGAAGGAGAACGGUAAGUCCAUUCCAUCUUUCUUGUCCUCAGAUGCCAUUGCUGUCCGUGAGGUAUUUUUGGCCGGGUUGGUUGAUUCUAAUGGCUCUGUGGCCGAAAAGGAAGAGAUCACCGCUACAGUGAAGACUGCUACCUCUCCUCUUAAAGAGGGGGUUGUCCGCGUUGCUCGCUCUUUGGGUUUGGAUGUUUCGGUCAGCACAGAUGUUUCUAAGACUGAGUUGGAAAGCUCAUCGUAUGCUGUCACUCUUUCUGGGGGAAAUGUCUUGCGUUCUGUUUUGUCGAAAUGUGCUAACUCCCAAAACUUUAGACCUAUCACGGAAUCGGUUGUUCGCGAGUCUAAGAAAGUCUAUUUUUCUGUGAAGCAACUCGAAUCAGAAGAUAAUUACUAUGGUAUCACUCUACCGCAAAACUCUGACCACCAGUUUAUGCUAGCUUCUCAGGCCGUGGUUCACAACUGUGGUGAACGUGGUAAUGAAAUGGCCGAAGUUUUGAUGGAAUUCCCUGAGUUAUUUACUGAAAGAAACGGAAAGAAGGAGCCUAUCAUGAAACGUACGACAUUGGUCGCCAAUACUUCUAACAUGCCUGUGGCCGCCAGAGAAGCCUCGAUCUACACUGGUAUCACACUAGCUGAAUACUUCAGAGAUCAAGGUAAGGACGUUUCGAUGAUUGCGGAUUCUUCAUCCAGAUGGGCAGAAGCGUUGAGAGAAAUCUCAGGUCGUCUUGGUGAGAUGCCUGCUGACCAGGGUUUCCCAGCCUACCUGGGUGCCAAGUUGGCCUCUUUCUACGAGAGAGCUGGUAAGGCUGUGGCGCUUGGUUCUCCAAACCGUGUUGGUUCUGUGUCUAUCGUGGCUGCUGUCUCCCCUGCCGGUGGUGAUUUUUCUGAUCCUGUUACUACGUCCACCUUGGGUAUCACCCAGGUUUUCUGGGGUCUGGACAAAAAACUGGCCCAAAGAAAGCACUUCCCAUCGAUCAACACAUCGGUUUCCUACUCAAAGUACACCAACGUUUUGAACAAGUACUACGAUGGCAACUACCCAGAGUUUCCUGGUCUAAGAGACCGUAUGCGUGAGAUUAUAUCGAACGCUGAGGAAUUGGAACAAGUCGUUCAAUUGGUUGGUAAGUCCGCUCUGUCCGACAGCGACAAGAUUACUCUGGACGUUGCCACGUUGAUCAAGGAAGACUUCUUGCAACAAAACGGGUACUCCACGUACGAUGCCUUCUGUCCUAUCUGGAAGACCUUUGACAUGAUGAAGGCGUUUGUCUCGUACCACGACGAAGCUCAGAAGAGUGUGUCCAACGGAGCGAUCUGGUCCAAAUUGGCCGAAUCCACCAGCGACGUCAAGCACGCUGUUUCGUCCUCCAAGUUCUUCGAACCAAGCAGAGGCGAGGAGGAAGUGCACGGCGAGUUUGAAAAGUUGUUCGCCAACAUUCAAGACAGAUUUGCCGAAUCUACCGAUUGA